AUGUUUUUUCGAACCCUCUUCAGCAAGUAUCAGCAAUCGCUUGCCAAAAGACCAAUCACCACAAAUAUGUGCUCUACAGGGGUAAUAUUCGGCUGUGGUGAUGCUCUUGCCCAACUCUUAUUUCCAAAUCAACCUCUUGCAACCGAUAACCCUGAACAUUCUGAUUAUGUUGCCCACACUAAUCCUAAAAACUUGCAAUUUGAUUUUUCUCGUACUUUACGUUCAGUGAUUUACGGCAGUGUGAUUUUUUCUCCGGUUGGAUUCCAUUGGUACAAAUUUAUUUCUGGGGUCCGCUCUCCUAUCAGGUUAGCGGCUGGAUCCACCUCUAGGCUUCAAAAAGCGUUGGACUUAUUUACCAGAGUUUCAGUUGACCAGAUAAUAUUUUCUCCUCUUGCAGUGGGGAUGUAUUUUUCAGUGAUGCCAUUGUUAGAAACAGGGUCCUGGAGUGAAAUGAAGGAGAGACUCGAAGAAAAUUUCAAACUCACAUUACUCACUAAUUGGAAAGUUUGGCCGAUCUUCCAAUUGUUCAAUCUCAGUAUCGUGCCCCUUGAAUUCCGUUUGAUUAGCUCAAAUAUCCUCGGGGUCUUUUGGAAUUGUUUCUUGAGUUAUCAAAAUAACAAGAGAAGUAGUGACUCACAAUUACCGGUUUAUAGUCCUCCAGUUCCAGAGUGA